AUACUCUUUCUGUUGUAAACACCACAUUCCUGAGCAAUAACCUUUUUUUUAUUUCCAUUAAAGAGCCAAAGUAUUUACACAAAUCUCCACUGCCCAUCAUAAUUGACUAAGCAUUAGCGAGGAUCUCUUACUCAUUACUUUCUUGUAGAUCUUCCUCUCACCUCAUUGUUAAGUGUUGUUAUUUUUCCUCACAGCCUCUUGGUAGCAUGAAGGAGGUCUUUUAUUCCUUGAUGUUAUUACAUUCCUUCUGACUUCAUCUUUAGUAAUUGAGUUUGGCAAAUUGAAACAAUUAACGCUCCACUGAGGAUUUCAACCCAAACUCUGGUUACAUCCGCUGGAGAAGUGUGGAAGCAUCUUCACUUUUAGAUCCAAGCAGGAAAACUCGGGACACAUUCAUAAAGACAGGAAUUCAUAAAGACAGACAUUCAAAAACUCAGGGGACAGGAUUUCCAAACUGCCUAGAAACAGCUUGGACAUAAAAAAAAAAACUAAAAAUUGGAAUUAUAAGCCACAUCUAUAUGGAAAAAAAUUUAAAGGCACUGAGGACCUACUUAUAUUUAAAAUCUGCAAGAUCACUACAGAAAAAAAAGGGCUUUGUGAGUUUAAUGCUUUAAUAAUGUAUGACUAAUAGCUUGGAGAAUUCUCUUCUGCAUUUGUGAAAAGUUGUUCAAACUCCAAACGUUCUAAGACGUGUCUGUGAUUAAGGCUCAUUCUAAAAGCUUUUAAACAAAAACUGGGUCUCCAAGAGAAAAGGACACAGCUUGGUGAUAGCAGUCUUGUAGAAUUUGGGUUGGUGGAAAGCUUGGUGUAUAAGAGCUAUGGGUUUUAUCACCGACUUCUUUACCUAUGAAACAACUAAGUCAGUGGUGGUUAAAAGCUGGACUAUUGGAAUCAUCAACAGAGCAGUGCAGCUCCUAAUUAAAACCUACUUUGUAUGCUGGGUUUUUCUCCAUGAGAAAGCUUAUCAGAUCCGGGACUCAUCAAUCGAGUCUUCUGUUAUGACAAAAGUUAAAGGCAUUGGGCGAUACAGUAAAAGAGUGAUGGAUGUUGCAGACUAUGUCAUCCCACCACAGGGGUCUUCUGUGUUUGUCAUUCUAACGAAACUUAUAACCACUCCAGAUCAAGUGCAAGAUCACUGUCCAGAGAGUGAUGAGAAGUACAAAUGCACCACAGACAGCAAAUGUACAAGAAACAGGCCUACAUCCAACGGUUUUCUCACUGGGAGAUGUGUCAGUUCAUUUUGCCAAAUUCAAGGCUGGUGCCCAACAGAAAAUGACACUGUUCAGAUGCCUCUGUUAAUGGAAGCUGAAAACUUCACAAUCUUUGUCAAGAACAGUGUGCGAUUUCCCCUUUUUGAUUUUGAGAAGGGGAACCUGCCAAAUAGUCUGAAAUGUCUCUAUCAUCAAGAAAAGGAUGCUUUUUGUCCAAUCUUCAGACUAGGUGACAUUGCGAAAUACGCUGGUCAAAACUUCACAACAUUAGCUGAUAAGGGGGGAGUACUGAGUAUUAAGAUCGGCUGGAUGUGUGACCUGGACAAGUCCUGGGAUCUUUGUGUUCCUCAGUACAGUUUUACCAGACUGGAUAGUGUAUCAGAAAAAAACAAUGUGUCACAAGGCUACAAUUUCAGGUUUGCUCGAUACUUCAUGAGUUCAGAUGGCACAGAGUUUCGAACUUUGAUCAAGGCCUUCGGCAUUAGAAUUGAUGUCCUUGUUUAUGGAAAUGCAGGGAAGUUUAAUAUCAUUCCAACUCUCAUCAAUAUUGUGGCAGCCUUUACAUCUGUGGGUGUGGGCACUGUCCUUUGUGAUAUAAUUUUACUGAACUUCCUGAAAGGAGCGGAUCAGUACAAAGCAAAGAAGUUUGAGGAGAUUUCUGAUUCCACCCCAGCCUUUGGCAGCCAUGUUUUUCAAAAGUGACCAGACGCUUGCUGGCCGAGGAGAUGAAAAGAGGUCUACAGACUCUGGGGCCUUCUCCAUAGGAUUAUAGAAUUGGCCUCACUCUUUGCUGUUCUUACCCUGAACUAUUUUAAUGUAUAUAGUUGACUAUAACAUCCUACACUUCUGCUUCAUAUAUCUGGCAUCUGAUAUUAGCUAGACUAUCCUAAGCUUUAUUGUCUUGCUUUAUCACUCUGCUGCCUUUAUAAACUACUGAUCUACCAUUGUAAUUUGAUAUUUCACAUUUAAUUGUCCUUGUCACUUCAGAGCCUUCCAAUCUUACUGACACCUCAUAGUAUGCAUUAUAAAUGUGUUGAGUCAGGAGAGACGUGGAUAUAGUGCCCAGAAAUGUUCUUAUUGUAAAAAAAAUACGGCAGAAUGAUAGUUCAUUAUUUGUGGACAUUGAAUAUGCAGCAAUUUUCAGGACAGGGAAGUUAGCACAGUCUUCUUGAUGAUGCUUUCAUACUUCAUACUUCAUACUAUAGCCUACAUAUUUGGAGUUAAAAAAAUACAAGAAUUAAAAUGCUUUUUAUGACCUCUCCAAUCACCAGAUUCAUGCCUAUUUGAACCUUUAUGAAAAGUUCUAGAAAACCUCAGACUCCCUGCAUUAUUAAAACAUCUGGAAGAUUUUGUUCUGAAAUAUGGUACAGAAUUCCACUAUACACCAUUCAGAUCUUCAGUGAUAGCAGUUCCUAAAGGAUUUAAACUGAAAGCACAGGAUGGCCUACUCAUUAGGCCCUUGAGAUCCAUGUGUUGUUAGUUUUGGUUAUUGCAUACAUCCAAGUAAAUAGCUCUCUGUUGGCAUUGUCUAUGUAGUGCCAGUCACCACUUAUAGAUACAUAUGCUUUCAAAUAAAGAAAAUAAGCAGUCAAUUCUCAAGCAGAGAUUACAUAAAGUUGUUAAUUUAUUGCUAAUGUAUUGUACUUUUUUAUUUUAAAAUCUAAAACCUUUACAAAACUAAAAUGGUUAAUUUAUCUGGGGGAAUAAUAUUUCUGUUUAGAUAGGUAGGCUAAUGUGACCAGAAAAUGUUCCGGGCAAACAGUGGGAGGAAGCAAAUUAUUUACCACAUACGGUAUAUACACUGCGCAAAAGUCUCUUCUGACUGUUUUUUUACUAGUUUUGCAUUUGGAUAUGGUCAGUGUCACUACUGGUAGCAUGAGGCGAUAA